AUGAGUAUGGACGGAUCCUCGAAUAAAAGUUCCAGUAAGAGGGCAUCAGUACUACCAAAUUAUAAGAUUGGUAAAACUCUUGGAUAUGGAUCUUUUGGAAAGGUGAAAUUAGCAGAUCAUGUUGCUACUGGACACAAAGUUGCUAUCAAAAUCCUUAAUCGUGAGAAGAUUAAGAAGAUGGAAAUAGUCGAAAAAGUGGAAAGGGAGAUAAAAAUUCUCAGAUUGUUGAUGCAUCCUCAUAUCAUCCGUCAAUAUGAAGUUAUCGAGACACCGGAGGACAUUUACGUCGUUAUGGAAUAUGUUACGUCCGGUGAACUAUUUGACUAUAUUGUCGAGAAAGGUAGAUUAACUGAAGACGAGGGUCGCCAUCUUUUUCAGCAGAUCAUAUCUGGUGUGGAGUAUUGCCAUCGCAAUAGGGUUGUUCAUAGAGAUCUCAAACCGGAAAAUAUACUCUUGGACUCAAAAUGCAACAUAAAGAUUGUUGACUUUGGAUUAAGUAAUGUCAUGCGUGAUGGUCAUUUUUUAAAGACAAGUUGCGGAAGCCCUAAUUAUGCUGCUCCGGAGGUCAUUUCGGGGAAACCAUAUGCUGGACCAGAAGUAGAUAUAUGGAGCUGCGGAGUGAUAUUAUAUGCUCUACUAUGCGGUAAUCUUCCUUUCGAUGACGUAGUUGUGCCUAGUCUAUUCAGUAAAAUAAAGAGGGGAGAGUAUACUCUUCCAGAUCAUUUGUCAUAUGAAGCUAGAGAUUUGAUACCAAGGAUGCUUAUGGUUGAUCCGUUGCUGAGAAUUAGCAUUCCUGGGAUUCGUCAACACCCUUGGUUCAAUAAUCAGAUUCCUCUUUAUCUUGCUGUUCCUCCAUUAGAUACUACAGAACAAGCUAGAAAGAUUGAUGAGGAGAUAAUUCAAGAAGUCGUCAACAAAGGAUUUGAUAGAAACCAUGUUAUUGAAUCUCUUGUCAACAUGAUCCAAAACGAGGCAACAGUUGCAUAUUAUCUAUUGUUGGACAGUCGACGUCGUGUUCCCAGUGACUAUUUCCAAUCCAAUUUUAAAGAGAUAUCGGAUGGUACUUUUAAUUCGACGAUUCCAGUUCAAAUGGUUGCUUCGUUUCCUGCAUUGAUUAAUCAUGACCACAUGCUUGGACAAAGAUCACGGGUCAACGCUGACAAAAAUUGGACGCUUGGAAUUCAGUCUCAAGCGCAUCCUCGUGAUAUCAUGACUGAGGUUUUUAAGGCUCUUCAAAAUCUGAAAGUGUGUUGGAAAAAGAUUGGACUCUACAACAUAAAAUGCAGAUGGGUUCACAAAAGUCAUAUCUCACAACCGGUCCUCAAGUUUGAACUUCAGCUAUACAAAGUAAGUGAAGGGAAGUACUUGUUGGACAUCCAGAGAGCUGAUGGACCUCACUUCAUCUUCUUGGAUCUGUGCGUCGCUCUUCUCAGAGAGUUACGUGUGUUCUGA